AUGGCAAGCGCAAGCCGAGUCAUUGGACUCUUCGACUGCAUCUUUGUGCAGCACCGCUUCUUAGUGUUGGCUGCUUGGGCCUUGGCAGUCUUCCUCGGCAAGGGUGCCGAGGCCCCGAUAUCCCUCCCACAGCUGAAUGGAGUAGAGCUGCUCAAUCCCGAGGAGGCCAUACCCCUCACACGCGCAUCGGUCCUCGCCCACGUCAAAGCGAACAGACAUGUUUCCGGCUCUGGCUCUGGGCUGCUGAUGCGUGCAGCCAGAGAACUGGAGGUGGCGGAUGAAGUAGCAGAUGAUGUGGAGCCGGGCACAGGCGCAUAG